AUGUUGGGCACUGGUCCCCCGCUGUAUGCCACUGUUCUUCUGUGGUGUCCCCAGCCUUGCAGCUCGGGCGAGAGACGCAAGGUUGCAGAGCGAAAAGCUGGAGCCCGUGGCCGUCCUGCCAGUUCUUCUCUCCAAGGGAACAACCCGUCUACCUCCAGUUCCUCCCCUAGACUAAGGAGACGUGCUAGCGGUCGUCAUCGUCGUCGUCCUUCCUUACCUACGGCUAUCUCAGCCAGCGGUCCCGCUGCCACCUCCCUUACUCCCACAGCUGCAACAACCCCGACAACCACUGGCCCUCGCCCCACUCCCUCAGACUCAAUUAACAAGAACGACCCUCCGAUAUCCUCGUCCGGCCCGCGAUAUAAUCCCCCCCACCCCCAUCCUGAAAUCCGCCGUCGAAAGAAGCCGUAUUCCCGUAAACAGAAACUUCGAUCUGCUGCUUCGCAAGAUACCGCUAUAAUUUCUCGAAACGCUGCCUCCGCUGAAGGUCAAUCCACCCCGACCACUGACGACCAAGCCCCUGCAGGUAUGUCGGCACCGGACAGCGUGCGGGGCCCGCUUCCUCCUUUGCCAGAUGAUGGCUCUGAGAAUGAUCGACAGGAAUUUCAGUCCACGCCUGCCGUAAAGCGGCCUGCUGCAGAGAUGGGGGAGGAUGACCGCCCAUCCCUGGAUGUCGAGAUGGGCUCAGAUUCAUUUGAUGGCAAUGAGGAUCAGAAUAAGGAUCAGUCGUCAAAUGGCAAGAAGCAAAUGGAGCGACCAACGAGACAGCGUAGAGCUGUCUCUGUGGAUAUGGUUGGCCAGAAUGGUACCAUUACGACGACUAAUAAUAGUAUGGUUGGGACGGAGAUGAAGCCCGGAAGCGCUAAAUGCCUUUCUAUGGAGGACGCAAAUAGCUCGUCGUCAGACAGUGUCUAUCCUACGCCGUCCAGUAUGUCAACGUAUACUUCUUACACACGAGAAGAUGCUAAACCUCGGGCUUCCUCCCAUGCCACCCACGAUCGCCCCCCAAUCGAUGAGCAGGUUGCCGCUGUUACCAAAUUAUUGAUGCAACCGUUAAAGGAUCAGCAGAAGGGAUAUGUGGUUUCUGCGAACUGGCUAGGGCGCGUCCUUUCUAGAAGCUCAAAGGGAGGCCUGCAGCGAGAAAAAGCUGAUAAGACUGCCUCGGAGGGCGAGAUUGGUGCUGUUGACAAUUCAGACUUGGUUCUGGUCACUGACCCGUCAAUCAUGUACAAGGACGAGGCUGGUGAGCCGUUCGUCCCCUUACGGCCAGGCUUGCAGAUGGGAGAAGACUUUGAGAUACUUCCCGAAGAUGCGUGGGAAUUGAUCAUGAAAUGGUACGGGCUCUCGCCUGAAUCCCCUGCCAUUAUUCGAUAUGCCCAUAACACAACUGUUGGCUCUACAGAGCAUGUCCAAUACGAACUUAACCCCCCAAUCUUUACCAUCCUGAAACUGCCCAAUCCUUCACAGUCCCCAACGCAAAUUGCUCAAGAUAGGGCACGCGUUCCCAUCAAAACCUUGGCUAGCAGGCAUACACAAUUCCAACAGUGGCUGCGGAAUAUGAAGGACCUGGCAUCUAUUGAAAUGUCUACGAAGGUUCGUGUCUGGAGAAUUCUCGAGGGCUUAAAUAGCGCCACAACUUCCGGUAUCAUCACUCCAGCAGCCUCGAGAAGCGCGUCCCCGGCCCCUGGUGCCACAUUGACCGCUAGUGCGGGAAACAGCUUUUUGUUGGACGUAAACAAGUUCGUUGCUCUUGUGGAAGGCUCCCAACGAGAAUUGUUAGAAAUGAAGGACCAAACAUCGAAUCCAAAGUAUAAUGGAAGUCUCACCUUGCACCUUGCGGGUUUGGGGAGUGACGAUGUCAUUGUGCUCGAGGAACAAGUCGGUGGUCCCGCUGGUGGGGAGUGGAUUUCUGAUGGUGCCGGUAAAAGUUCAAAUCGACUUGCGGUCACUACACAUAGGGCCGGCCCGCAGAACAAGGGCAAAGGAAAACUCCCCACUGCCAGCGGCCGAGCAUCGCCGGCGAUUGGCGCUGUUUCCAGGGGGAGACCGCGCAAAGACGGCCGAUCUCCUGGUGUCACAGGCUUGAGUAACCUUGGAAAUAGUUGCUACAUGAAUUCUGCGUUGCAAUGCGUUCGGAGCGUAGAGGAGUUGACACAAUAUUUCCUCCAGGAUGAGUACAGGAAAGACCUUAACCCUGGCAAUCCACUUUCUCACGAUGGGAACGUGGCCAAAGCCUAUGCAAACCUGCUACAUCAGCUCUAUGAUGACAAUGGCACUUCUUCCUUUGCUCCUCGCCAAUUUAAACAGACCAUUGGCCGAUAUGGCCCUUCAUUCUCGGGUUAUGGGCAGCAGGAUUCCCAGGAGUUUGUGCUUUUCCUGCUGGAUGGCUUACAGGAGGAUUUAAACAGAAUCCAAAAGAAGCCAUAUAUCGAGAAGCCGGAUUCUACGGACGACAUGGUUGGCAACAAUGCCGCGCUUCAAGAGUUUGCCAACAAGUGCUGGGAAAUCUACAAGGCACGAAAUGACUCAGUAAUUACUGAUCUUUUCGCGGGAAUGUAUAAGUCAACGGUAGUUUGCCCCGUAUGUGACAAAGUUAGCAUCAUUUUCGAUCCAUUCAGUAACCUCACUCUGCAACUCCCGAUUGAGAAUCUAUGGAGCAAAGAGAUAUUUUUCUUCCCACUUCAUUCUCGCCCUAUUCGGGUUGCUGUUGACAUUGACAAAAAUGCGAGUAUCAAGGCAUUGAAAGAGUAUGUGGGUCAAAGGGUAGGCGUCCCUACCAAUAGACUUGUGAUGGCUGAAAUAUACAAGCACAAGUUCUAUAAGAUGUUCGAAAAUACUUCGAGCAUUGGAGAAUGUCAAAUUGGUAGCUCGGAUGACAUCGGCAUUUUUGAGCUAGAAUCUGUGCCUACCAGCUACGACCCAGAUAAAGCUCCCAGUCGAUCAGUUUAUUCGAGUCUCGCAUUCUCCCACAGUAAUACAACCAACCAGGAAAUACCAUCGUUCGACUCGCCAAAGUGCGAUCGCAUGAUUAUCCCAAUCUUCAACCGCGUUAUUAAACCUCAGGGUGCAAAGAUCACACGGCAGUUAUUUGGUGCUCCUUCGUACACUAUCAUUACACGCAAAGAAUCAUAUGAUUACGAUAGCAUCCUUCGCAAGGUUCUGCGGAAUGUGGCGAACCUGACGACUCGAGACAUUCUUCGCGAGGAUGAAGGGGAUAUUAUGAUGAACUCAAGUGCUGCUGAGGACUCUGAUACUGUUGUGACCAAUGAUGACGACUUUGACUCCUCAGACCCCAAGAUCAAAGUCUCCUCAGUCGACGGUGAAGACGGACUAGUUGAUGUAUCAAUGCGAGAUGGUUCUGAUUCAUCCACCAGAACCAAAUCAAGCGUGAAGGGUGAUACCACGCCGAUUCCGAAAGUUCUUCGACCUAAUAAUUUCAUCCCGCCCAUGCUUCGCAAUCUAUUCGAAAUCAAAAUAAUGCGAUCAACUGACGCUGUUCCCACUGGAUGGUCUACAGUCGAUGAGAUCAAAGAAUUUACCUCAAUGACCUCCAGAUUACCGAGAAAACAAGCCAAGAGAACCACUACAAAAAAGCCCCCUGUAAGUCGGGGAAGUAGCCCUCUUAGUAGCGAAGAUGAGCUCAGCGGCCCUGCUCGUCGUGUAGAUAUCGCUCGUUCAAGGGAUAACAAUGACGAUUCUGAUGGCUGUAGCUCCCAGAAAACUAAGGAGAGUGGUACAGAAAGUGGCUCAGAUUCAUAUCCCGGUCCCUCCGCGUUACUUCACGGCGCAGGACGCCGAAAACUCAAGUCUUCGACGUCCAAAAAAGGACCUCCCGAGGCUAUACCGCUGAUUCGUUCCGGGGAGGGUAUUGUUCUGGAUUGGAAUGAACAUGCAUAUGACGGUCUUUUUGCCGGUGACCCGCUUGAUGAUGAUGGACUACGAGGUUCGGCGACAUGGAUGAGUAUCGAUUGUCUUCCCGACCCUGAGCUUGAGCAGAAACGUCAGCUGCGCCAGACCCGGAAAAAGCGCGGGAUCAGUCUUGGUGAGUGCCUCGAUGAGUUUGGUAAGGAGGAAAUCCUUUCAGAAAACGACGCAUGGUACUGCCCUCGCUGCCGGGAGCACAGACGUGCGUCAAAGAAAUUUGAGCUGUGGAAGUGCCCGGAUAUUCUUGUGAUGCAUCUUAAACGCUUCAGUGCCAAUCGAGGGUUCCGUGAUAAGAUCGACGCGCUGGUCGAUUUCCCCCUCGAGCUCGACAUGAGUGGCCGGGUCCAGAUGCCUGAGGAGGGGAAAAGUUUGCAAUAUGAGUUGAUUGCGGUCGAUAACCAUUACGGUGGCCUUGGCGGUGGACAUUAUACGGCGUACGCGAAGAACUUUUUUGAUGGUUGUUGGUAUGAAUACAAUGGCGGAGAGUAUCUAGCCUGCAUCACUGAAGCAGCCAAAAAUCCCGAACAUGACGACUCUGAUUCACAACCCGACUCCCGCACACUUUCCCCUUCGGGGGAAGACCUGCGCCUCGGCGGCUCCUCCCGCAAUGGAUCGUCGAGCGCUUUAAUCGGAGCCGGAGCAAUUCACCAGGCGGGAGAUGGUGGUUUGCGGGGCGGAAUCCAGGCGAGGGAUGACGACAGCCUACCCGAGUACUCGGAACUCCACCACCAUAACCACUUGGAAGGCAUGGAUCUGGAGGACGAAGGAUUCGGGUCGUCUUUCGGCCCCGAUUUAAAUUUUUCCAACCAUCCCAGCUGGUCCUUCGACCGAGCCGCAGAACCCUACGGUGGCGGCGUCUCCGGCCUCGUACCCGCCCCCGCGAACUCAUUUUAUGAUGGGGACGGCGACGACGACCUCGACGACGAAGCAAGCAACAAAGCCGUCGGUGGCGGUGACAUGAGCGACUCGGAAUCGCGCCUGGCAAUGCUAAAUGAUUCCGGGGAUCAGGAUGGCUUGAUUUUUGAGGAUGCGGACUUGUCAUCAUCGACAACAGCCGUGCGAAAUAUCAUGCAACCGCCAGAUCUAGAUGAUGAUGAUGAUUCCAUGCCUGUUGUUGAACUGUGGGUACCUGAAGAGGAGGGGCCGGCAGCAUUGUAGCAGAAUUAAUUAAUGUGUGAUAUACACAUUCCUCUUUUUCUGUUUUCAUUCAUGGUUACUCAGUGAUUGAAUACCUUGCAUGGUCUGAAAGGAAUGACAUCAAAAACAAGAGGAGUUUUUUCUUGUUUGGUUUUAGGCUUGAAAAGUUAGUUCUCUUCAUAUAAAGGAUGGGUUCUCAGUGUAGUUGU